UUUUCUAUCUACACAUCCUAUUCCAAGAGGAUAUUGCGGGUUGUUAAUGAAGACCAAUAUUAGGAUCACUCUAUUUUUCUAAUAUGUUGCUAAAUCGUCAAUAUAAAUGAGGGAAUUAGAACCUUAGUGGGAUCAUAUACCCUAUGAGGUGCUUCCUUCACUUAUCAGUUUAUUUAUCCGGAUAGCGCGGUUUGCUUCUAAAUUCUCGCUGGCGCUCGAGCAGGUCGAGGAAAAUACUCUUCACAUUAGGUACGAUACCAAUAUACCCAAACACGGCCGAACAACAACACCGCCUAAUCACUUAACUUUAAUAGGGAUUUCUGAAAUUUUUUUAGUCCACAGAGGGCGAAGUACCCUGUACGUGAACAUCUAAAAGUGUUUUAUUCCUCAUCGCAAUUAAAUCACGUAGAUUGGAUGUAUCGGGAUGUCUCGGAGCGCCUUUUCGACGAUGAGACUACCUUUUUUAAGAAUGCGACUUUCUUUGAACGGAGGGGGGCAAUGUAGUUUUUAGGAAAGGACACUGGGAGUGAAGUCGGGGGAUGCGGCCUGGCUUUUCCUGGCUUUCACUCGUCAUCCCUUUCAUCAAUGGUCAACUGGAAGUCAAGCAUUUAAUAAGGCCGCACGGUGAUCCUUCAAAUUCAACCGUAAUGUUCAGAAGAACCACCAACAUCCACGCAGCGCAACGCUCAAGUACCCCCACGGCCUCUACAAAUUAUCUGAGGUAUUUUAUGCGGCCUUCCUUCAAUGUCAGCGCCCACUGGGCUGGAAAACGUGCGGAGCAUCCAAUGCGAUCUUUUCAGGAUCUUUGGGGAGUCCUUUUGCGUAAUUCUCUCGUGAUAAGUUUGUGGAAGUGGAUAAACCCGGUCUCUCACUCCUCCUACUCUCAGAGGAAAGACUCCAAAAGGGAGGGUGACUCCCCAUUUGCGGGAAUAGGCGACGCCAAUAUGGACCACUUGGGAUGGAACUCUACCUUGUCAGAGCCUACCCACCGCGCGAAAAAGUGUAAAACCGAUACGAUCUAAUGUAUUAUUAUUCUUAUUCUUA